GGGGAGGGGGUAGGGAGUCAGCACGGACAUGGCUCCUGACUCCAGUGCAGAACGUGAGUGACUGAGCAGCAAAGCCCGAAUGGUCUCUAGCGACCGGCCCGUGUCACUGGAGGACGAGGUCUCCCAUAGUAUGAAGGAGAUGAUUGGAGGCUGCUGCGUUUGCUCAGACGAGAGAGGCUGGGCCGAGAACCCGCUGGUUUACUGCGACGGCCACGGCUGCAGCGUCGCCGUGCAUCAAGCUUGCUAUGGCAUUGUUCAAGUACCCACUGGACCUUGGUUUUGCAGGAAAUGUGAGUCUCAGGAAAGAGCAGCAAGAGUGAGAUGUGAAUUAUGUCCUCAUAAGGAUGGUGCUUUAAAGAGAACAGAUAAUGGGGGUUGGGCUCAUGUUGUUUGUGCCCUGUAUAUUCCUGAGGUUCAGUUUGCCAACGUUUCUACAAUGGAACCUAUUGUAUUGCAGUCUGUUCCACAUGAUCGUUAUAAUAAGACUUGCUAUAUUUGUGAUGAACAAGGAAGAGAGAGCAAAGCUGCUACAGGUGCUUGCAUGACAUGUAAUAAGCAUGGAUGUCGACAAGCUUUCCAUGUAACCUGUGCCCAGUUUGCAGGACUCCUUUGUGAAGAAGAAGGUAAUGGGGCAGAUAAUGUCCAAUACUGUGGCUACUGUAAAUACCAUUUUAGUAAGCUGAAAAAGAGCAAACGGGGAUCUAAUAGGUCAUAUGAUCAAAGUUUAAGUGAUUCUUCCUCUCACUCUCAGGAUAAACAUCAUGAGAAAGAGAAAAAAAAAUAUAAAGAAAAAGACAAACACAAACAAAAACAUAAGAAACAACCAGAACCAUCACCAGCCUUGGUUCCUUCUUUGACGGUUACUACUGAGAAAACAUAUACAAGCACUAGCAACAGCUCUAUGUCAGGCUCAUUGAAGCGCUUGGAAGAUACUGCAGCUCGAUUUACAAAUGCAAAUUUCCAGGAAGUCUCCUCACUCACUUCAAGUGGAAACGAUGUGUCAGAGACUAGAGGGUCAGAGAGCAAAGGGAAGAAAUCAGCAGGUCACAGCUCAGGUCAGAGGGGAAGAAAGCCUGGUGGUGGAAGGAAUCCAGGAACAACUGUGUCAGCAGCUAGUCCUUUUCAGCAAGGAAGUUUUUCGGGAACUCCAGGCAGUGUAAAAUCAUCUUCUGGAAGUUCAGUCCAGUCUCCUCAGGAUUUCUUGAGCUUUACGGAAUCAGACCUACGCAAUGACAGUUAUACUCACUCCCAACAGUCAUCAUCAACCAAAGAUGUACAUAAAGGAGAAUCUGGAAGCCAGGAAGGGGGGGUGAAUAGUUUUAGUUCCUUAAUUGGUCUCCCUUCCACGUCAGCAGUUGUUUCUCAGCCUAAAAACUUUGAAAAUUCACCUGGAGACUUGGGCAAUGCCAGUCUUACUACUGCAGGAUACAAACGAGUUCAGUGUUCUGGCAUUGAAGAGGAAACUGUAAAAGAAAAGAAGAGAAAAGGAAGUAAACAAAAUAAGCAUGGGCCUGGUCGACCCAAAGGAAACAAAAAUCAAGAGAAUGUUUCCCAUCUUUCUGUUUCGUCUGCUUCUCCAACAUCAUCUGUAGCAUCUGCUGCAGGAAGUAUAACAAGCUCUAGUCUUCAGAAAUCUCCUACAUUGCUCAGGAAUGGAAGUUUACAAAGUCUUAGUGUUGGCUCUUCUCCUGUUGGUUCAGGUAUUUUUAGCAGCAAUGAUGUAGCAGUAUCAUUUCCGAAUGCAGUAUCUGGCUCAGGAUCCAGCACUCCUGUUUCCAGUUCUCAUUUACCUCCACAGUCUUCGGGUCAUUUGCAACAAGUUGGAGGUCUCUCUCCUUCAGCCACAUCAUCCGUGACCACUGCUGUUGCUACAACUCAGGCAAAUACCCUGUCUGGAUCUUCCUUAAGUCUAGCUCCUUCCCAUAUGUAUGGCAAUAGGUUAAAUCCAAAUUCAGCGAUGGCAACUCUUAUAGCUCACUCAGAAAACAGUCAAGCAGAUCCAGAUCUUGGAGACAAUAGCCGCAGCCUUGUUGGCAGGGGAAGCUCACCCAGAGGAAGUCUCUCACCGCGCUCCCCUGUAAGCAGCUUACAGAUUCGCUAUGAUCAAUCAGGCAACAGCAGCUUGGAAAGUCUGCCCCCAGUAGCAGCCAGCAUAGAGCAGCUUUUGGAGAGGCAAUGGAGUGAAGGACAGCAGUUUUUGCUAGAACAGGGCACCCCUAGUGACAUUCUAGGAAUGCUGAAGUCCUUACACCAACUUCAAGUUGAAAAUCGAAGACUGGAGGAACAGAUCAAAAACUUGACAGCGAAAAAGGAACGUCUUCAGUUGCUGAAUGCUCAGCUCUCUGUCCCCUUUCCUACCCUGACCACCAAUCCUAGCCCAUCUCAUCAAGUCCAUGCUUUUCCAGCACAAACUGCUCCCACCACCGAUUCCUUAAACAACAGUAAGAGUCCCCAUCUAGGACACAGCUUUUUACCUGAUAGUUCUCUUCCUGCACUCAAUCAGGACUUAACCUCCAGUGGACAAAGCACCAGCAGUUCCUCAGCCCUCUCCACUCCGCCUCCUGCUGGGCAGAGUCCAGCUCAACAAGGCUCUGGAGUGGCUGGAGUUCAGCAGGUCAAUGGGGUGACCGUGGGGGCGCUGGCUGGCGGCAUGCAGACUGUAACAUCCACCAUUCCUGCGGUGCCUGCAGUGGGUGGAAUAAUUGGAGCUCUGCCAGGUAACCAACUGGCAAUCAAUGGAAUUGUAGGAGCUUUAAACGGCGUCAUUCAGACCCCUGUCACAAUAUCGCAGAACCCUACUUCCCUCCCCCACACGCCUGUGCCACCUAAUGCAGCCCAUCCACUGCCAGCGACUCUGAACAACAGUGCCUCUGGACUAGGCUUAUUGUCUGAUCAGCAAAGACAACUACUUCUACAUCAGCAGCAGUUUCAACAAUUGUUGAAUUCUCAGCAGCUUACAUCUGAACAACAUCAGGCCCUCCUUUAUCAGUUAGUACAGCAGCAGCACCACCAGCAGCACCACCACCAGCCUGAACUGCAGCAGCUUCAGCUCCCGGGCCCAUCGCAGAUACCCAUAAAUAACCUCCUGGCAGGCACCCCAGCACCCCCACUUCACCCGUCAACCACCAACCCAUUUCUCACAAUUCAUGGGGAUAAUACAAAUCAGAAAGUAACAAGCCCAGGAAUGGAGAAGAAAUGAAGCCUUGAUGGUACAUUUAGGCAGCUUUGGAGGAAUACAGAUGUGACAGGAAGAAGGCCCAGAGCCUAGAAUAACUGGAGAUGUUUAAUUAGCAUAACCAUAGAAAAGAGUUCUCUUUCAUGCCUCGUAAAUAGCAUCCCUGGAAAAAUAAGAGGAGUUAAAUACUCUGUCCAUAUGCUGCUCAAUUUCAUUUUGCUUUUAUACGUAAAGUUUAGAGUAUCUCCACCUCCAGAGACUAUUGGCUCUCCAGAAAAGAACUAUCUACCUUAUUUUAAAUCAUACUUUAUGUUGCUAUGGCACUGAUCAUGACUUAGGAUGUUUUGUUUGCCCAAAAUUGAUUUGCCAACUUUGAUUUAAAAUAUUUUGAAUUUUAAUUGCAGAGACUUAAUGAUAAAACUGGGCCUGUUGCACAAGAGAAAAGUUGACCCAUAGAAACAUUUUGGAAACUCCUUAUCCUGCUGUUUUAGCACUUCUUAUGGCUGCUAUUGCAGUCCUCCUUUCUGCAACUAUGAAGAAUGCAACAAGGAGCUAACUGCACAGCAAAGGAUGGUUUGUCAUGAGGACAUUCUUCUAACGCUUUGAUUUACUUCCUUGUUGCUUUGUUGCACUGAAAUGGAACUCUUCUCCCCCAAGAUUUCAUGAACUUUGAAGGAAAGUUCAGCAACUAAUUAUUUUUGUCAAUGCAACAACGUACAUGCAAUGAGUGCAUCAACCAUAAAGAGAAAACGUAUCGUUGGUGCACUAUUUUUUGUUACAAAUUGGACUUAUAAAUAGCAAAAGUGAAGACUUAAUCCAAUGACAAAUUACUUGAUUUUUAAUACAUAAGUUGAAAAGAAAAAAGAACCAACAAAACCGUAAUCUUUUGCUGUGGCUAGAUAUGCUUGACUGCAGGUCAGAUCCUGUUAACACAAUCUGAGGGACUGUCCGGAAUAUUUUCUUGUACUGGAAUUUUAUUGUAUUGGAAAUUGCUUGAAAUAAAUGGGUCAUCAGCUGGGGCUUGGGCAAUCUUUUUAUUAGAGAGAUUUCCUUUAUAAUGGGACUUGAUCUGUAUUGUUAAUCAAGUUCUGAUGGUAAUGUCUACUGCUAAAUGCUUUUACUUUAGAGUUGGUACUGACUUAUUUUGUAACACAAAGCUAUUAACCUUAAGCAAGUUUUGGGCUGCUGGGUGAACUAGAUCAAUUCAUAUAGAAAGAAUCCUUUCCAUAAGAGAAGGCCACUCUGGAAAGUGCUGGUCAUGUCUGGCCUCGACCAAGUGCCUGGAAGUACCUCCAUUGUGUUGAAAUGGCUCUAGACAGCUGAGCUUGCACUGUGGACAGUCGUCGUAAACAGUGGGAGUUUGGGACAUUGGACCAGCAGCCUUUCCUCUGGUUCUGCCUUUAUUAAAACUUUCUAUGCCACUGUAGAUAGCUCAGGCAAAACUAUUACCUGGGUGUUUUUCCACUAAUGAGUCACCACAAAAGGGAGUGGACAUGCAAAAAAGAUGUUUUGUUUAACUGCGUCCCAUCACUGUCAGUGAUUGAAACACCCCAGUGUUUAAAACAGGUAAAACUUGUAUUACGACACUUCUGCUUAGGGUAGCUAAGCUCCUGGUGUGACAGUAAGGCAGAGUAGAAAUUAAACAAUUGGGGCAAUAACCACUGAUCUGUACUUAAAUGUGUGAAUUAUUAGUGGAAAAGACCCAGCUGUAAUUAGACCUCCACUGUGUACUUAGCUGGAAGAACAUGUUAAUUCUGCAAUAUGUCUCUUGGUUAAACAUUGCACAGUUCUUACCUCAUUUCUGUAAAUAAGGUUUUGUGAAUCUGUUUUGUAUUGUGAAAAAUUAAUAAGAAAACAUUGAUAUUUUGAUUUGUAAUAUUUCUAAUUGGUAGAUUUAAUUGAAAAAGUAAAAAUUAAUUUAUUUUUAUAUGUUCAGGGGGAUUUUAAAGAAAUUGUCAAAUCAUUUUUGUAGAUACUUUACAAAAGUAAAUCAGUGUGGUUUAUUUUACUUAGCCCACUGGUUGUUAUUCUGUAACAAUUUGUAUAAACGGUAAAAUUUGAAUGUGCUGUUAUUUUACCUAGUUGUAAAAUUCCAAUGUAUUAAAAGAAAUGUGUACAAAGUUUUUUGUUAAUAAAAUUUAAUAAUGUUUAUA